AUGCGGGUAAUAAGGGUAUUGUUGCUGUGUUUGACGUACCUCAUGGGAGGUGGGACGUUUGCGGUACUCCUCAUUGUUUUUCACAGAGGUUUACUGUGGCUUCUAAUACUCGCGUUUAUCAUUGUGUGGACGUUUCUAUCGUUCAUUGUGAAUACAUGGGCAAGUAUGCCGGUACGGCAGCAGUCGACUCAAAAUUCGGCAGGCCCACAGCAGCGAUUGCCUCCAUCGUCUUCUCCGAUCGUUAAUAAGAUUGCUGUGGAAAUGGAAAUGGAAAUGGGCGUAUUCAAUUACAGAUGUGACGAAGAAGGAGAGAAGGAAUGCGUUAUCUGCCUAUGUGAAUACAAAGAGGAUGAUGCGGUGGUGGCACUAAAACCGUGUCAUCACAAUUUUCAUGUGGACUGCAUUCGAAGGUGGCUACAGUGCAAGCUUCAGUGUCCCCUCUGCAACGCAUGUCCGCUUUAUAAAUCUGGAUCCCACGCUCAAAAUGAUGUUGCGCUUCAAAUUCCACCUACGCCCCCUGUGGCGGAUUGA